AUGGCGGAGCUGCAGAUGCUGCUGGAGGAGGAGAUCCCGGGAGGGCGCCGGGCCCUGUUCGACAGCUACACGAACCUGGAGCGGGUGGCCGAGUACUGCGAGACCAACUACAUCCAGUCAGCAGAUAAGCAGCGAGCCCUGGAAGAAACCAAAGCCUACACAACCCAGUCGUUAGCAAGCGUAGCCUAUCUGAUCAACACUUUGGCCAACAAUGUUCUCCAAAUGCUGGAUAUCCAGGCAUCCCAGCUGCGGCGCAUGGAAUCUUCAAUCAACCAUAUCUCACAAACGGUGGACAUUCACAAAGAGAAAGUUGCUAGAAGAGAAAUUGGUAUCUUGACUACAAACAAAAACACCUCAAGAACUCACAAAAUCAUUGCACCAGCUAACUUGGAGCGACCAGUUCGCUACAUCAGGAAACCUAUUGAUUAUACAAUUCUAGAUGAUAUUGGACAUGGAGUGAAGUGGUUGCUUAGAUUUAAGGUCAGCACCCAGAAUAUGAAGAUGGGUGGGCUGCCUCGCACAACACCACCCACCCAGAAGCCACCCAGUCCACCAAUGUCAGGAAAAGGAACUAUUGGGCGGCACUCCCCGUACCGCACGCUGGAGCCGGUGCGGCCCCCGGUGGUCCCCAACGAUUACGUGCCCAGCCCGACGCGCACCAUGGCCCCGGCCCAGCAGAGCCCCGUCCGAACGGCCUCGGUCAACCAGCGCAACCGCACCUACAGCAGCAGUGGCAGUAGUGGAGGAAGCCACCCAAGUAGUCGGAGCAGCAGUCGAGAGAACAGUGGAAGUGGAAGUGUCGGUGUUCCCAUUGCUGUUCCCACACCAUCUCCUCCUAGUGUCUAUCCAGCCCCUGCUGGCUCAGCUGGCACUUCUCCCCUUCCUGCUACCUCUGCUCCUGCCCCCACUCCUGCUCCUCCUGCCCCUUCCUCCGCUGCCCCAGAUGCUGCUGCUGCUGCAGGAGCUCAGCCCCUUGCUGAUGGCUUCACCUCUCCAACUCCCCCUGCUGUUUCUUCCACACCCUCUGCAGGUCACCCGGUGCAGUUCUACAGCAUGAACAGGCCUGCGGCUCGGCACACGCCGCCGACCAUCGGGGGCUCUCUGCCCUAUCGGCGGCCUCCUUCCAUCACAUCGCAGACGAGCCUGCAGAACCAGAUCAACGGGGGCCCCUUCUACAGCCAGAACCCAGCAUCCCUUGCUCCUCCUCCCCCCUCCAUCCUACAGGUAACUCCACAGUUACCACUAAUGGGAUUUGUGGCCAGAGUUCAAGAAAACAUUUCAGAUACUCCUCCCCCACCACCGCCCGUGGACGAGGCAGUGUUUGAUGAGUCUCCACCUCCACCCCCACCUCCAGAGGAUUAUGAGGAGGAGGAAGCAGCCGUGGUGGAGUACAGCGAUCCCUAUGCUGAGGAGGACCCUCCUUGGGCACCGAGGACAUACUUAGAAAAGGUGGUGGCAAUCUAUGACUACACCAAGGACAAGGAAGAUGAGCUCUCAUUUCAGGAAGGUGCCAUCAUUUACGUCAUCAAGAAAAAUGAUGAUGGCUGGUAUGAGGGGGUCAUGAACGGAGUGACAGGGCUGUUCCCGGGGAACUAUGUGGAGUCGAUCAUGCAUUACUCAGAGUGAAGACAGAGGACAGGACACUGCAUCUCCUGCUGCAGGAGCUGUCAGGGCUUCCCAGAUCUCCACCAGCCUCUGCGGCCCCAUCCAGUAUAACUGAAUGAAGGAUAAUUGUAACAACCA